AUGAAUAGGUUUUUUGGCAUAUCUUUUCUCGUUCUUAUUUUAAAUGGUGCAUUACUUACUAAUUUCGUUCAAUCUUCAAACACGGACUUUAAUCUGUACUUAUUUUUAAAACACUUGGAUGUUUCUUCCCUUUCGAGGCUACUUAGUUUUAAACAUUACAUCGGCGAUCAUAAUUAUGUGGUUCGUCCAGAUUUCGGGCCAGCCUUCUUGUACCACGACAAGGGUGUGACUGGGUGGACCAUGAGACUUGGAAUGUAUGGAUAUGGUAUCGUUGGCUUGCCCAUGAGAGGAGAUGGCAACUGUAUGUUCUACACCCUUUGUUCGAUCUUCAAGCUCAAUAAAAUUGACAACAAACGCCUUCUUGAAUACAUGAACCCAGAUUUGCAGCCAGCGGUUAAAAUUGCAAUCAUCGGCAUGUUACAAGAGGAAGAAUACAUAAGUCCUAUAAAUUUAAAAAGAUUGGCUCAAAUCUACUAUGUUGGAAUGGACCCUUAUGACGAGGAUUCCGUGGCACUGUACAACAAAGAAGAGUUUUUGUUGAGGGCGAAGGAUCAAGUUGAUUUACAAGAAGCUUUCCAAACUCAAGUAAUGCCCCUUGAUAGUGGAUCUAUGUUACACAACAUUGAUAUCAAAACCCAGUACAAUAAGAUAGCAGCUAGCGGGAGUGGAAUCGAAGCCGUUCGUGAGCUUUUCGAUAAAUUUGAUGAAAAAAUAUACACCCGCCACGGAGACCACACCGAUAAAAGAUUUUUAGAAAGAAUCUUCCAAAUGAGGAUGCUCUAUUUCAACAGACAAAACACACGCAUCAACUGUGGAAACAAGGAAUUGGAUUUUAACACAAAAUUGGUCUUGACUAUGUUAUACGAGGACGGAUGUCAUUUCGAUAUAGCCGGCAUCUAUAAAUUGGGAACCACCGAUCUUAAAGAUGUAAAAAGUGCGUACAAUAUUUCUGAGAUUCCAUUGCCCCUACUUCUGAUGAUUACUGAGGAUUAUAUCUCGCAUAUUGUCGAGGCCGUAAAUCCAAUAACUUCAACUUUUCCUUAUCGCAUCGACACACCCAGAAGGAUCGCUAAUCUGUUCUCUCCCUACAAGUUACAUGAGGACUUAACUUCUUCUCACAUUUGUCCCAAAUUUAGCAAUUGGUCUCCUACAUCUAAAGAAUGGGACAACAAACUCAAUCCUUAUAACCUAACUCUUUGUUCCAGGGACUACGGAGGCGACGGGAACUGCUUAUUCUACGUUAUUGCAGGGAUUUUGAAGGACAAUGGGUACAACAUUGGCAAGUUUGAUCUGGAGAGGAGGGACAUCAGUCCCGGGAUCAGAAUAUCGCUAAAGGGCAUGAAGUUCAGCGACGACGGCUUCUUCAGCAUGAAGGACAUUCGGAGGCUCUCGUCUCUGGCCUACGUAGGAAUUGACCCUGAGAAUCCUGAGGCUCAGCAGUACCUGGAUGUAGAACAGCUCAGGAGUAAGAUCCAGCUUACUAUUGCUGGGAUGGACAUGAUGUGCGACAUUACUUGGGGCCCUUCCGACUGUCUAAAAAAGUUGAAUGAAAAAAAGCAACAACCUAUCGAGGUUGCCAAAUAUGUUUACAAGAGUAUUGCUUCCUCAUCUCCUGUUAAAAAUUGGGGGUCAGGGGACGACUUGUAUGGCCUCUGCGAGAUUCUGAACGUGGACUUUUUACUGUUUCACAAGGACGGGGCUAAAAUUCAACACUUCAAAAGCAGUCUCAAACGACCCGUGUGCACGCUAAACAUUUACUACUAUCACAUGACUCACUUUCAAAGCGCUGGCGUCGUGGUUAAUUACAUGAAUUCAAACAGGAGAAAAUUAUCUAGUUUGUACAAGAACUUUGAGUUGGACGAGGAACUAUUCAAGGUUCUGGCCACUUCGAAUGAGAGUUCUUAA